AUGUCCGUCCGCAGAGGCAGGCGAGCACGAGGUCCGGCUGAGGGGGUGCCUUUCCUGUUUGGGUUUAGCGUUCCGACCGAGCCUCCCUCGCGCGUUUUGAGGCCAGCGGAGGGAGUCGAUCGAGGCUCGACGAAAGGAACAGAGUCGGCAGAGACGUCGUGCGACUGCCCUGCUCUCCCUGGCCGGCAUGCUGCGCCGCAAACGAUAGACCGACGACGGUACGCUCUGCCUUGGCUCGGCCUUGCUCGAUCUCCUCGACACUAUUCGCUUUCCCCGAUCGAGAUUCAGAUCAUCUACAGCCUACGCAUUGGUUUCUGUCUGGCGUGGUGUCUCUUGCUGGCGAAUGGUUUUCCUCUUGCCUGCGGUGGCCAUUCUCUAGCCCGCGUCGUUCGACCACCCCCGCUUUGCGUCCGCGACCGCGAGCAACACCCGGUUGCUCCCCCGACUCUUCCCACCGCGCUCCUUUGA